CUCCGCCUUUCCGUGCGUCAAUGGGCGUGGAAGUUGCACGCUCAGGCCGGCAGUUCGGCGGUAAACAUGGCAGCCGGUGAGAGUUACAGCAUAGUGGAGUAUUUCGGAGGAGAGGACGGCUAUAAAUGUGGCUACUGCAAAAGAGAAACGGGGAAUAUGUCGCUCGGAAUGUGGGCUCAUGUGAUGACCGUUCAGGACUACCAGGCCCUCAUUGACCGCGGCUGGCGCAGGAGUGGGAAGUACGUUUACAAGCCAGUCAUGAAUCGGACCUGCUGCCCGCAGUACACCAUCAGGUGUCAUGCUGAAAGUUUCCAGCCUUCCAAAACUCACAAGAAGGUCUUAAAGAAAGUGGGCAAAUUCCUGCUCAGUGGACGGCUGCCCCAAGGAGAUGCUGACGAACCGAUGGAUUUGCACUGCAAAGGAGAGCAAGAGACUGCAACGGCCUGCCGCUCCAAGGUGUCCACCCUUGAUGAAGGCUCAUUGUUGGUCUGCGAGCAAGUGGAUGAGGGGGCCGAGCCAACAAGGACGUGUGGUGAAGAACUUGAGGUGGAGCCGCCAGCAGAGAAGGCUCCUAAUGCCACGCCAGUCACCACACCCAAACCAGGUUUCGGCGCUGACCCCCAUCGGCCGCCCUGUCGAAAGGCAAAGGAGAUGCGCAGAGAGAGGCGCCUUCAGAAGCUCCUCCAAAAGCAGCAGGCCGGUGGCAUCACGCAGGCCCUGCCAGCACCUUCUCUGUCCGUCCCAGCCAAGUCCAUCAAGGAGCUCAUUGCAGAGUCGCUGCCAACUGAGGUGGCCAGCCAGCUGGAGGUGAGGCUAGUGCGGUCGUCUCCAGCAAGCUCCCAGUUCAAUGCCACUUUCCAAGAUUCUUACCAAGUAUAUAAACGCUACCAGAUGGCCAUCCACAAGGACCCACCUGACAAGCCCUCAGAAAGCCAGUUCCGGCGAUUUCUCUGCGAUUCUCCUUUGGAGGCCGAUUGCCCGCCCAGUGGGCCCGAGUGUGGCUAUGGCUCCUUCCACCAACAGUACUGGCUGGACGGGAAGAUCAUCGCCGUUGGAGUCAUCGACAUCCUGCCCAGCUGCGUCUCCUCCGUCUACCUGUACUAUGACCCUGACUACUCUGCCUUGUCUCUUGGCACCUACUCCGCCCUCAGGGAGAUCGCCUUCACCCAGCAGCUCCAGGAGUCUUCCGCUCAGCUCUGCUUCUACUACCUGGGCUUCUACAUCCACUCGUGUCCCAAAAUGAGGUACAAGGGUCAGUAUCGCCCCUCCGAGCUGCUGUGUCCGGAGACCUACGCCUGGGUGCCCAUCGAGCGAUGCCUGCCAAAGCUCCAGCAGAGCCCCUACAGUCGUUUCCAAGAGCUUCCCGAUGCCGAUGAUGAGAACCGUCUGACAGAGCUGGGCAGAGUGCAGGUGCUUUACCGGCGCACCAUCAUGCCUUACCGAGUCUACGAGAGGAAGAGGAGGGGUGCCAGCGAUGAAGAGUGUGUCCGGCAGUACGCCGAGCUGGUGGGACAGACGUGUGCAGAGCGGAUGGUGCUUUACCGGGCUUAGCGUGGUGUGGCCUGUUGGUGCUGCCACCUUGGGGGUCCGCACUUAUCCAAUGACUGUUCAACCUCACGGAUACCGCCAGCCCCCCUCCCCCAAAACACCAAAGCCUGCAAUAAACUGGUAUGCAGCUCACUAGUGCCACCCUGGAAGGACGGUGACAUCCAGACACUGCCCUUUGGAUACUCCUGCAGGUGGCGUUGUGGGGCUAAGGCUGGCCCCUGAGUCACGGUGUCUCUCAAGUGUCACCCAUCCCAAUGGCUGCCAUUGUCAUGGUGGAAGGACAAGUCAAUGAGUUGACAAAGGACGAGGACACCCGUGGGUGGGGGGUUUAGGUGGGCCCAGUGUUUGACAGUGUGACUUGAGCCCCGCUCUCCUGUAAAUCGCCAAAGACACGACAAUAAAGUGAAGCCUCACUGA